UAAAAUUCCGUGCCAACACAACAACCUCCUCGUCUCCGCCGAUUCGCCUGUCCCUCUUCCCACACCUUCUCUUUGUUGCCUAGUCUAAUUUGUUUUCUCUACCCAUUCCCUCUUCUCUGCAUACACACCAUAUACACCAUCAACUACGUCAAACCACUGCACGUGUUUCCCCACAAACUGGUGCAGCAAUCCGCCCCUCCUCUCCCCCCACUUUUUACUGCAACGUUUGCAGUAGAUCGACUUGAAGGUUCACAGAUACUGGAAGACAGAAACGAAGGUUCGCAGACACGUUGUUGACAAUGCAGCACCACGCCGUUUGACUCAGACCUCUUCUAAUUUUCACCCCAGCAGUCAAUCGCUUUACUUCAUUGGUCGGUCGCGUUCUCGCGUGAGGCGUCUGUUGCUCAUAUACAAAAAAAUAGAUUUGCGAAUAGACAGGAGGUCGCUAUCUUUGCUUGAUCAACUUUCAGAGGGUCUUUGCAUGUCGGCACCUCUUAGCAACCCGUUCAAACUUCUACCCUCAUAGAUCGGACAAGCAUGCAACUUUCUCAAUCCAGAUAGGCUCGUUCAUAAACAUCCAAGAUGCUCCAAUUGGAUGCAAGAUCGCUCGUCGCAGGGGCUGCGGGCGUGGUCUUGACUUUCCUGCUUACCCUACCUUCAACCUUGACUUUAUGGAAGCUACUUGGAUCUGGCAAGGCCAGACAAGACACUUAUGAGGACAAAGAUGGCAUAGCAACUAAGGAAUCAUUGGCAAAAUAUACAGCCAAGGUCCCAAAGAUCUGGAUUAGCAUUCUCACGGUUCUUGGCUUAUUGACGUCCAUUGCUUUAGCUAUUCUGGCAACUCUGGACUCCAAUCAGUGGAUGCUCUUGGAGAAUUGGUUAAAUGUAGCACAAUGGGUACGUGCAGGCAUGAUGAGCAUCACUCCCCACUUGAGGUACUCUUGUUAACUAUUGGCAGAGUCUACUGGUAGUUCAAAUGAUUUGCAUCUCAGCCAUCCGACAUCCUCCGCAGUCAUAUCGUCUAGGCCUUUUCUUUGCGCUGUCAUCCAUUAUUCUUCUUGCUACGCAACUCUUCCAGGAUCAGUUGGUUGCACAAGACGCAAAAGUUGACAUAUCGUCCCUGACCAUUUCACUCCACAUCGUCAAGCUCUUCGUUGUACUCUUUGCUGGAAUUGGAAGUGUGUGCAUUCCUCGGCGACCAGAAGUAUAUCAUGGAGGGAAAUGUGUUGAUGGAAUGUUAACCACAUCCGCCUUGGGACGCUAUACGUUCUCUUGGGUUGACGAUCUGAUUCAUCUAGCACGAUAUAGGGGUAGAAUCUUUGACAAGGAUUUGCGGGCGAUGGAUCAUUAUACUCGUGCGCAAGAUCUGAGCAAUGCAUGGGGACAAAGAACUCACACCAGACGACUUUGGAUUGAAGUCAUUAUGACCCACAAAGCUGCCUUCAUACGACAAUGGGCCUUGACGCUUUCACAGGCAUUUGGAGUCUUUACACCACAAUUCAUCAUCUUUCGUAUCUUACAAAUUCUGGAAAAGAGAGGUACCGGUCAAAAGGUUGGCUCUGAAGCCUGGAUAUGGGUCGUCACGCUUACUAGUACCACUAUUGCUAUAUCCUGCAUUGAGGUAUGUCAUAUUCCAAUGGUGUUUUCUUCUCUAUUUAAAUGACUCGAAUCCGGACGGCUCUAUUUUUUCAUGAUGAACAGCUUUUAGGAGAAUCUUACUAACUCUUCUACCUUUAUGUAGUCAUGGAUGUAUUGGAUAUGUUGGUCUGAACUUGCAUUUCCCAUCAGAUCUCAAUUGUCGAGUCUUAUCUUUCAGAAGGCUUUGCGAAGAAAAGAUGUAAAGGGAUUAUCAAAGGCCUAUAAGAAGGCUAAUACCUCGGAUCCAAAAGAGAAUGGAGAAGGCACUGAUUCCGAAGGCAAACAAGCAACCGUCAACCUAAUUGGUAUCGAUGCAAAACGUGUUAGUGAUUUUUGCUCCUUUAACAAUUACUUCCCAGGAAGUUUUUUCAAGCUCACCAUCUCAUUCACAUUCUUGAUCAACAUCAUUGGGUGGGUGCCGUUAUUGUGUGGUGUUGCGGCAAUGUGUGCCAUUCUACCACUCAACAUAUAUUUCAGCAAAAGGUAUUCUGCUGCACAAGAUAGGGUUACGAAACUUCGAGAUUCCAAACUGGUGGUAAUUACUGAGGCUUUGCAAGGUAGCUGAAACAAAAAAAUCCAUAAAGCCAUGAGACUAAUUCUUGCAGGUAUCCGUCAGAUCAAAUUCUCUGCUCUUGAAACAAACUGGCAUGACAAGAUUGGGAAAGUUAGGAACAGAGAGUUGGCUGAACAGUGGAAUGUUUUCAAAAAUGACUCUGUCUUACUCUUGUAGGUACUUCUUCUAAUUCCUGUCGAAGCUCCACUAACAUGUUUUAGCUGCUGGAUUGUAAGCCCUAUUGCAUUUUCCGCAACAUCACUUGGGGUUUAUUCUUGGAUUUAUGGGAAUCUUGAACCCUCCAUUGCCUUCACAGCUAUCAGUAUUUUCGCCAGUCUUGAGACUACACUUUCUAUUAUUCCAGAACUCUCAACUAAUCUGAUCGAUGCCAAAAUCUCUAUCGACCGAAUUCAAAAGUUUUUGGAUGCGCCCGAAGUUUCAGAAAACAAGAACGAUGGACCCGAAAUUGUGUUUGAUGCUGUAUCUAUCGCAUGGCCAUCGGACGAAGAGAAGAGAGAUGGCGACGAACGUUACGUCCUUCGAGAUAUCAACCUAACAUUCCCAGCAAAGGAACUUAGUGUUAUCAGUGGCAAGACGGGAAGUGGAAAGAGUUUAAUGUUGGCCGCAAUUCUUGGCGAAGUCGAUGUCUUGUCGGGAAAGCUCACGAUCCCACGACCACCUCCUGCCCAUGAACGACAUGACGUUCUUGCUACCAAGGAAAAUUGGAUCAUACCUUCCUCUAUUGCCUUUGUUGCUCAAAUUCCGUGGAUCGAGAAUGCUAGUAUUAGAGAUAAUAUUCUAUUUUGUCUACCACUUGACGAAACACGUUAUUGGAAAGUUAUUGAAGUCUGCGCUUUGAAGCAGGAUUUAGCAAUGCUUGCAGAUGGCGAAAACACGGAAAUUGGUGCUAAUGGGAUAAACCUGAGUGGCGGCCAGAGAUGGAGAGUCACAUUGGCUCGUGCCUUGUACUCGAGAGCUGGUAUACUGGUUUUAGACGAUAUAUUCAGUGCAGUAGAUGCACACGUAGGUCGCUACAUCUUUGAGAAAGCCCUUACGGGAUUACUUGGCGUGGGAAGAACCCGGAUCUUGGUCACUCAUCAUGUUGCUCUGGUCAAACCAAAAGCGAAAUAUAUUGUCGAACUCGGCGAUGAGACGGUAGAACAAUGUGGUCUGGUACAAGAACUCGAAGUUGAUGGAAUCCUCCAAAAGAUCAUCAGUCACGAGGAGACUCCACAGGAAAUUCUGCAGGAUCAAGAAAUGACAGCUGUAAACUCGGAGCACUCUUCUGAUGAGGACGCCUCAUCGGUCCAUCAUGCAGGCCCAGUGGAAUCUACGAAGGUCACCUCCAAGAAACCAACCCCUAGAAAAUUCGUCGAAGAUGAAAAGAGAGAGGAAGGAGCAGUCAAGACCGCUGUUUAUAUGACUUAUAUCAAUACUAGUGGUGGAUUACGUUUCUGGGGUGUGGUCCUUAUCGCCUUCGCUUGUGCUCAAGCUAUGGUCACUGGUAAGUUUGUCUUCCCAAUUACGCCAAAUGCACAAACACUGAUAGCAUAGCUCGAACAUGGUGGCUUCGUAUCUGGACUCAUGACAGUCAGCGUACGAGCUCGAUUCAUACCUUUGCCUACACUCUUCAACUACCCGAUCUUGCCCCCGCGCCCACAAGCAAUACGGCUGUCAAAAUGGAACAAUCUCCUCAUAGUCUUGGAUUCUACUUGGGAAUCUAUGUUGCCUUGUCGAUUGUAAACGCCAUCGUCGGUACAUUCAAAUAUUGGUACGUCUUUACAGGAUCGCUUCGUGCGUCUCGUCAGCUCUUCGAUAGAAUGUGUUUUACCAUCUUGACGACACCCAUGAGAUUCAUGGAUACCGUCCCCAUGGGAAGAAUUAUCAAUCGCUUUACGACAGACUUUCAGGUUGUUGACUCACGACUCGGGCUGGAGAUGAACUUUUGUGCUCAUAACACUUUCUUGCUCCUCGGUAUCAUGGUUGCUGGGUAAGUGAUAUGAAAAGAAAUCUUUUGCUGUUGAAUAUGUGCUUCUUUCUAACAUACUACAGUUGCCUCGUUUCUCCAUGGGUUAUUCUCCUGUCACUACUCCUUAUGGGUGUGUGCAUCUAUAUAGCAAUUGUCUACAUCAAAGCAGCCCGAGAAGUCAAACGCCUUGAAUCAAUCGCCAGAUCGCCGGUUCUUGAUCAACUCGGUAGCGCUAUCGCGGGUGUCGGUACCAUUCGAGCUUUCGACAAGGCAGAUACAUACAUCACACGAAUGUUCGCCAAGAUUGACGCUCAUACAGAAGCAUUCUGGCACCUCUGGGUCUUCAAUCGUUGGAUGGGUUGGCGCAUGUCGUUCGUUAGUGGACUUUUCUCAAGCUUUAUCUGUGUCGUUGUUCUUCUCUCAAAGGACAUUGAUGCCAGUCUUGCAGGUUUUGCGUUGAGUUUUUCAAUACAAUAUUCGUUGACUGUCUUUUGGGCUAUCCGACACUACACCAAUGUAGAACUACACAUGAACGCCGCAGAACGUAUCGUCGAAUACUCCAACCUCCCAACCGAAUCACGCCAAGGCAUCAAGCCCCCUGCUCACUGGCCAGCCGAAGGAGUCCUCGAAGUCAACGACCUUGUAAUCGGCUAUGCUCCUGAUCUCGAUCCCGUCCUUAAUGGUGUCACCUUCCGCAUCGAGCGCAACGAACGAGUCGGAGUCGUAGGCCGUACGGGCGCAGGCAAAUCCUCUCUGACACUAGCACUCUUCCGCUUCCUUGAAGCUCGUUCAGGCUCCAUCCACAUCGACGGUAUCGACAUCUCGCGACUCAGACUCUACAAUCUGCGAAAGGCACUGACCAUCAUUCCCCAGGAUCCGGUUUUAUUUUCGGGCACCAUUCGUAGCAAUCUCGACCCGUUCAACAGAUACAGAGAUGGCGCACUCAACGAUGCUCUCCUUCGCGUCCACUUGGUAGAAUCCUCCCUCGUUGCCAGCUUGGCAGAGGUAUUCUCACUCAGUGACUCGGACCAAAGCAACAAGAACGUCAACCCCUUCACAGACCUCUCAUCACCCAUCACGGAGGGCGGCCUCAAUCUCUCACAGGGACAACGACAACUCCUCUGUCUGGCCCGCGCUAUCAUUUCCCGACCCAAAAUCAUGGUCCUGGAUGAAGCUACCUCUGCUGUGGACAUGGAAACCGAUGCACUAAUCCAACGUAGUAUCAGAGAGGAGUUCACGAGAAGCACGUUGUUGGUUAUUGCCCAUCGACUUAUCACGAUUGUGGAUUUCGAUAAGAUUCUUGUCUUGGAUGCGGGUAAGGUCGUGGAGUUUGGUAAGCCGAAGGAGUUGAUGGAGAUUGAAGGUGGAGUUUUCCGUGGGAUGGUGGAGGAGAGUGGGGAGAGAGUUAAGUUGGAGGCUGUGAUCAACGGUCAGGGAGCAAGAGCUAAGGCUGGUGCUUUUAAGUGAUCAUCGACUCCAUUACCAGGACGGAUAAAUCAACAUGAAGGCGUUUAAUGACAGGGCUUUUUCUUCUUUUCUAUUGUUCACUAGGGAUUGAAAGAACGAAUAGGACUUUCUAGAUGUAGUAGAAUAAUGAAUAGGAAUUGAAAUGGAUUCAAAC